CGCACUUGCAGACCCGCUCUCUCUCUUUCUCUCUCUCUCCCUUUCCAUCUGACACACAAACACACACACUGCAAGAGAGAGAGAAAGAGAGAGACUCCUCCUUCCCCCCCUCUACUCUCUCCUCCUCUCAGUUGCCCCUGUGACUCCUUGCCGGGACGGUAUAACAGUAGCCUACAGAGCAGGGGCAGGCGGUGGAUGGAGAGGGGCAGUAGCCGCAGCAGCAGCAGUCGGGCGCAUCGACCGAAGCAUGCUCCAGCGCAGUCAUGACUUGCUCGGCGUCAGAUAGCGAGAAGAUCGUGAUCAACUGCGGCGGGAUCCGACACGAGACCUACCGGAGCACCCUCAAGACGCUGCCAGGCACACGUUUGUCUUGGCUGACCGAGCCCGAUGCCUACAGUAACUUCGACUACGACCCCAAGUCCGACGAGUUCUUCUUCGACCGCCACCCGGCCACCUUCGCCUUCAUCCUCAAUUACUACCGCACCGGCAAGCUCCACUGCCCCAACGAUGUAUGCGGGCCGCUCUUUGAGGAGGAGCUCGCCUUCUGGGGCAUCGAUGAGACGGACGUGGAGGCGUGCUGCUGGAUGAACUACCGGCAGCACCGCGACGCCGAGGAAGCCCUAGACAGCUUCGAGACCCCUGAGCCGGACGCACCAGAGGAUGACCCGGCGCUCACGGGCGGCGCAGACGGCGACCUGAAGCGGCUGUGCAUGCAGGAGGACGGCCGCAGGGCCACGUGGUGGGAGGUGUGGCAGCCCACUAUAUGGGCGCUCUUCGAGGACCCCUACUCCUCCAAGUACGCACGGUAUGUGGCAUUUGGCUCACUCUUCUUCAUCCUCCUCUCCAUCUCCACCUUCUGCCUGGAGACCCACGAAGCCUUUAACACCAUCUACAACAAAACGGAAAAUGUCACCGUUGGCAACAAAACGCAUGAGGAGAUAGUGUAUGAGGUAGUCACAGAUGACUGGCUGACAUAUGUGGAGGGUGUCUGCGUCAUUUGGUUCACCAUUGAGGUGAUGCUGCGCGUCAUCUUCUGCCCUGACAAGGCAGAAUUCUUCCGCAGCGCCCUUAACAUCAUAGACUUUGUGGCCAUUGUGCCCUUUUACCUGGAGGUGGCACUGAGUGGCCUCUCCUCCAAAACAGCCAAAGAUGUGCUAAGCUUCCUGCGUGUGGUGCGCUUUGUCCGUAUCCUGCGUAUAUUCAAGCUGACCCGCCACUUUGUUGGUUUACGGGUCCUGGGCCACACUCUGCGAGCAAGCACCAAUGAGUUUCUGCUGCUUAUCAUCUUCCUGGCGCUGGGCGUCCUCAUCUUUGCUACCAUGAUCUACUACGCCGAACGCAUAGGCGCCGACCCAGAUGAUCCGACAGCUGCGGCCCAUACCAAUUUCAAGAACAUCCCCAUUGGCUUCUGGUGGGCCGUGGUGACCAUGACAACGUUAGGAUACGGGGACAUGUACCCUGAAACAUGGUCCGGAAUGCUGGUGGGUGCCCUCUGCGCCUUGGCUGGUGUGCUGACCAUUGCCAUGCCCGUGCCCGUCAUUGUCAACAACUUCGGAAUGUACUACUCCCUAGCCAUGGCCAAGCAGAAGCUCCCUAAGAAGAGGAACAAGCACAUCCCCCGAGCACCACAGCCAGGCAGCCCCAACUACUGCAAGCCAGAUGCUCUAGCUAUGGCAACUGCUUCGCCACACAGGCUGAUGGGCAAUGUACUCGGGCCGGGUAUGGUGGGAUCUGGCAGUAUGAUGGGUACUGGAGACUGCCCACUGGCACAGGAGGAGAUCAUUGAGAUCAACAGGGCAGACUCCAAACAGAAUGGCGAUGCAGCAGCCAAUGCAGCGGCCCUAGCCAAUGAGGACUGCCCCACCAUCGAUCAGGUCCUCGGGGAUGAACGUAGCCCAGCCACUGGGGGCCUUGGCUCCACCACCAGCCGUGAGCGCUACCCACAUGACCGGGCCUGCUUCCUGCUCAGUGCCGGGGAGUUCCAGCGCACAACGGACGGGAACGUUCGGAAAGUAGGAGGCACGGUCAACGGCUACUGGAGCGACAGCCCAUGGUAGAAGAAGAGCGGACGACAAACACCGUGUGGAAAGACGAGGGGGAACAUGACAAAAGAUACAGCAUACAAACAUAGAAAUAUGCAAUAUAGAUAAAUGAAACAGCUUCGGUUGUAUCUGUGUGUUUCUGUUCGGAUAUGUUGUAUCUGAGUCACACAUGACGAGUGUGCAGGUUGUUUGUGUGUGCAUGUGUGUGUGUGCCCAGACCUGCAUCUACCUCUGUACUAAGAUGCACAAAAUGUCAAGUUGGAAAACUUAUCCUUUCUUUUUGCUUCCACAAGAAAGAAAGGAAAUAUUCAUUUUAGUUUUGAUGUUUAUUAUUACCAAUCAGUAUGAUCACAUGAUGAUGCCAUCUUUCUGUCAGCAAGUGUACUUUGGUUUUUAAUAAUCUCUUUUUCUUUUAAAUGUUUUUGUUUGUUUCUGAUGUUGCAGAAAUGUAUUUGAUUUCAGAAGAACAGUGUUGCACUUAGUCAUCUUUGCAGGCAGUCAUUAUGUGUCUGUUGGUUAGGUGUCAUAUCCGUUGAAAUCCUGUCCUCACUCUCGCUCUCACCUUCCUUUUCUCCCAAAGUAACACAGAGCUUUCAGCUUGCAUUCCUUUUGAUUUGCAUUAAAUUCCAAAAAAGAGAAAAACUAUCACUAAUCACUCAGUGAACACAGACUCUGUUUAGUGAAUAGGACAAUAGUGACUUAAUUGUGCAGAGGAAGUUUAACAAGCACUGUCUCUUUCUCUAAAAAAGAAGUGACCCACAGAUUUGUUUUCAGAGGAAAAUGUUGAUUUUGUGCUCUGAAGCAUCUCCUUCCUGUUACGUUUUAACAUUCCAGCUGGGAGUGUUGGGAGGUGAAAGUACCAAAUGUCUUUUUGUGCGAGGAGCAGAUGAUUGUGUGUUUUAAGAAUUAGUUCAACAUUUUGGGAGAAAAACAAUAAUUCACAUUCUUGCCAAGUGUUAGAUGAGAAAAUUCAGUCAGUUUAAUGUCAGUACGCUAUGUUUAUAACCAGAAAAUAAUUACCCGGCUUAAAUUUGAGAUGGAGGCAUUGGGUAAUAGCUAGCCUAGCUCUUUUCAAAUGCAAAAAUACCACACCACACUUCUAAGGCUUUCUAAUUAGCAAGUUUUAUCUCAUUUGUUUAACAUGUAGAACAAAAAUGUAUAAAAGAGCAAUCACACAGUGAUGGCAAAACCCCCUAAACCCACAGAAAAAAAAGGGUGUUGGACUUUGUAGGCUAGUUGUUUCCUCCUGCAUCCAGUCUUUAUGCUAAGCUAAAGUAAAUAUGACUAGAAUCUCUUUCUACGGCACACGCAUGAGAUUAAAUUAAUUUCUUAUCUCACCUGGCAAGAAAGCAAAUAAGGAUUUUUCUCAAAAUAUCAAGCUAUUCUCUUAACCUUAUGUGACCGAGAUUUUGGGUCAUGCAGGGUUUUCUGGUUCCUGUUUAGCCACAGACGUUCAACUGAUUCCUGAUUCAUGUAUGACUGAAUGAUUUAGUUUUAGGCCACUGGGAAUUCAGGAUUAAAUUGUCAGAAAAAAUAUUUUUAUCCUAAAUGCACAGCAGGCACACACACACAUACCAACUUAGGCUACUCUUGGGAGAAUUACAUGGACUUAGUUUUUCUGGAGACAUAUCUUAACUAUAACUCUUAACAUGGCAGUCCCCAAUUAACUUAUCUUGAAUCUGAAACUCAUCCCCAAAAGUAGCCUUAGUCAUACCCACACAGACACACACACACAUACAUACAUAGAUGUGAAGACACACUCCACUAUCCACUGAACAUUUCUGUCAUUUCUCACCAUUUCGUUGUCUUCAUAUCCUCCUCUUCUUUCCCAACAUCCACUUGUUUUUUAGUGUGUCUGUCACUUUCCCUCAGGCCACUGCUUUUUUCAUGAUGAUGUACAUAUGUAAAGUUUAUGUUGUAAUCUGCAUGGGUUUUCAUCACAAGCAAUAAGGAUAAUGAUAUGAGUAAUAAUGCGAGGAGGUCUGAUAAGAUUUUAGCUUCAUGAAUGUGUACAUAUAAUGUUUAGACUACUAAGAGUGUGUAUGGAUGUGUGUUUAUACGCAUACAUAUGCACUAACAAAGCAUGCAGGACAAAAAAAUCUUCACCUCUUUGAAUGCAAGGGGGCGGAUGGGCUGACA